AUGUCGUUCCGCCCGGGCUCCCGCAUCUUCAGCUCUUUCCGACCCUUCUUUCAACGCGCAAAUGCCCGCCGACAUGCCGGCACAGCUGCAGGCGCUGAGCCCGCUGGCUUCCAAAAGUUCUGGAACAGCCCUAUCGGACCCAAGACUGUCCACUUCUGGGCCCCAGUAAUGAAAUGGGGCAUGGUCCUCGCCGGUGCCUCCGACUUCUCCCGCCCCGCUGAAUCUCUCUCCUUCACCCAGAACUUCGCUCUCAUGUGCACAGGUGCCAUCUGGACACGAUGGUGCUUCGUUAUCCGCCCCAAGAACGUUGCCUUGGCUGCUGUCAACUUCCUUGUCUUCUGCGUUGGUGCUACACAGGUCGGCCGUAUCUACGCCUACAACAAGUCCAUCGAAGGCACUGAGAGUCAAGCCAAGGGCGAGAUGAAGGAUCUCAAGCACACUGCUGAGAAGGCUGAACAGAAGGCCGAGAAGGCUCUGAAGUAA